CCUCACACAAAUAACCACACACCCCCUUUUGUGGCCUUAUACUACUUACAGGCAUACGCAUUCAUUGAAGGCCAAACUCUCUUCAGCACAAAAUUUCUUCUACAACCAUCCCCUCAUUCAAUUUUUCCCCCCUUACGCUAGGGUUUUUCACUUUUCACCUUCUAUACGACAGCGUUUCGAGUUUCAACCAACUGUUGUCGUUCUUCUUCUUCACUGGCAAAACAAAGAAGAGAAAACGUGUGUGAAUGGCUACAGCACCGUUGAAGUCUCAGCCUCUGCACAACUUCACUUUACCGUUUCUGAAAUGGGGAGGUACCAGCACUGCCAAGAGCCACCACGCCACCACCUCCAACAACCACCACCGCUUCCGCCGCCCUGUCUCCGAUCACGAGCAUGACUCUGACUCCGAUAACCGCCUACCACGUGUCGGAUCGCGACCACAGAGGACUAACCGCUAUGCUGUUUCCCCUUCCAACCACCACAGCAACAGCCACAACCAAAACCAAAACAAAAACCACACUCCUCCACUUCAUACCAACAUCAGCAACACCAAUAACGAGCAUGAGGCCGAAGACGAGGAGGAGAAGAAGCAUGAAACCGAGGUAGCUGAAGCGGCCGGGGCGGAGGAGGCGGUGCAGAAGCCGUGGAACCUGAGGCCGAGGAAGCAGACAGCGCCGGCGGUUACGGGUGGAACAUCGAGGAGCGGGAAUGGCGAACGAGUGGAAGCGGCGAACGCGGAGGGAGGGAAGUCAAUGAGGCUGAGAGGGAUGAUGGCAGCGAUGGCGGGGCCGGCAGCGGCGAGGGAGGGACAGUGCUCGUCGGAGAAGAGGAAGUUCUGGAUCGCGCUUUCAAGGGAAGAAAUCGAGGAGGACAUCUUCAUCAUGACUGGGUCCAGGCCCGCGAGAAGGCCCAGGAAGAGGCCCAAGAACGUUCAGAAGCAAAUGGAUUGUGUUUUCCCUGGGUUAUGGCUGGUAGGGGUUACUGCCCAAGCGUACAGGGUGGCGGAUGCUCCGGCAAAGAGGUAACAAAGAAGCUGCGGGGGAGUGGUUUGCAGCUUCUUGCGAAGGCUGUUUUGGUUUUGGGGGAGGCAUGGUAAAUUGGGACCAGGAAUGGAGGUAUAAAUGCGCAGAAUUUGUGUAAAGACAGAAGGAAAUUACAUGUCUAAGUUGGGAAAAGAAGACCCAGCAGUUAUAUGAUAACAUAUAUGCUAGGUUCUUUUUGUCCUUCUUCCUUUUUGUAGCUGUUUUGUGUGUUGCUUCCUAGCACUAGCUUUGGAUAUGCAGGAUGGCAAGUUUAGUUUAGAUGAUUACCUAAGUAGUUUAAGUUACUCAUUCCUUGCAGUCUUCUCUGCAAGUAAAGGAAUAUCCAUAUCCAUAUCUAUAACUAUUUCUCUCUCUAUAUAUGAUAUAAUAGGUUA